AAAAAAAAAACAAAAAAAAAAAAAAAAAAAAAAAAAAAAAAAAAAAAAAAAAAGAAGCAUAUUCGGUAAAUUGAGAUCAAGGGUAUUGUUUUCAUUAGCUGCCAUUUUAACCGAUUUUGGCUAGCAAUUGAAGAUGAUGACUUCCAGAAUGUUGUUUAGAGAAAUUGAUUGCGUUGAACCAAUCUCACACAGGAGCUUCUCCUCCAGCUGAUUCAGAGCUUGCAAAAUGUCAUCUACAGGCCCUGGACUUGAGUCUCUCGUAGAUCAAACAAUUUCAGUUAUCACCAAUGAUGGCCGCAAUAUAGUGGGAAUCCUGAAAGGCUUUGAUCAGGCCACAAAUAUCAUCCUCGAUGAAUCUCAUGAACGUGUUUACUCCACUAAGGAAGGUGUUCAACAACUUGUUCUGGGUUUGUACAUAAUAAGGGGUGACAACAUAAGUAUUGUAGGAGAACUAGAUGAGGAGCUUGAUUCACAUCUUGACUUGUCAAAUGUAAGAGCUCAUCCUCUGAAGCCUGUCAUCCAUUGAUCAACUAUGUUAUUGUAGAGCAGAUGACAGUACAGAAUCUUACAACUUUGUUAAAAAAAUAUAUAUAUUUUGCCCUUAUUUUUUAAAAAAUAGACUAAUUUUAAGUUCCUUAUACUGCA